AUGACGUACAGGACCAUGAGGGUGACGUAUCUCUGCCUUCGAAUCAGGGGGAGUCACUACCUAACCAUGGAGCCUGAGCCAUCAAGCUAUCAUUUCGCCUCACUCUAUUCACCAAUGUUCAACAUGCAGUCAAGUGCAUCACUCUGUCUACAAUUCAACUACUACCUGAAGACGUCAAGCGACGGUAUUGGUAAGCGCAAAAAACAAGGGAAUCCUACCCAAGAAGCGAGCAGUUGCCGACUUGCCGUUGCAGAAGUGCAACGCAAGGACGGCAAAUCUUGUAAUCACUGGUGCUACCCGUUUCCCCAA